AACCGCUUUUCAACCUCAUCGAAGAAUAUCCGUGACCUGGAAGUACUUCUUUAUUCCUGCCUGCUUUACAGCGGGCGUCACACUUAGAGGCUGCUGCGUGUUUUUUUUCUACCAAAACAUGAACCUUAGUUCAAUUAGUUAACCUGUAUUCAUACAAGGAUUUUUUUCGUUUACAAUGUACAUUUUAUCAACAUUACUUUAAAAAGUUGAAAGCCAAAGGUUGGACACGUUUUUUUUUCUGGCGACUGUGGUGUACUGUGCUAACUAACGCGUUAGCUGGCUAGCCCAUUCCCCAUACAAACUUGUCUGUUGUUUUGGACACCUAGUCGGCGGAUAAGGGUCAACAAAGAGAGGUAUCUAUUGUUUGACUUUUUUUGUGUAAACUUGAGUGUCAUACACAAAGUGUAUUCCACUCACUGUCUGGGUUUCCAACACUAAGAGUGUGUUGUCACGAUACCAGAAUUUCUUUCGAUACCAGGUCUAGUAACUCGAUACCACGGCACUUGAUCCAGACGGAUAACUCCGCUAACGUUACUGCUCUGUUUUAUCGUUGGAUAUCUUUUGAGUUCAAUAUCAUUACAUUUUAAAUUUGAUGUCAAAAUUUUUCAUAGACAGCAAUGUAUGCAUCAAUUAAUAAAUUGUACAAUCAUAAUUAAUUUGACUGUUUUUACCAAUGUAACUGGUGUAAUCAUUUAUUUGAAUGGUAAAUCUCUUUUGGUAAACAUGGUAAAUCAAGAUGGCCUAGGCGGCCUAUUCACAAUACAGGUGUAAGCAUAUUCAAUGAGUAAGUGCAUACAUUGAGUUAUUGUGCUUGUUUUCACUAUUCAAAUCCAAUUGUAUUUGUCACAUGUGCCGAAUACACGUGUAGACCUUACAGUGAAAUGCUUACUUACAAGCCCAUAACCAACAAUGCAGUUUUAAGAAAAUACUUUAAAAUUAUUUAAUGUGGCUACAGAUGACAAUCUGUUUUCCUCCCAAUUGGGACUUAUUUUAUUGUACUGAUCAAAAUUUACAAUCUCCUAUUUUAUAAAAUCCAUUAAUGAAGUCAUUCAUGACAAGGCAUAUAGGCCAUCUGUAAAUAGCCCAUCCAUCUACCUCAUCCCCAUAUUGUUAUUUAUUCAUAUUUUUGCUCCUUUGCACCCCAGUAUCUCUACUUGCACAUUAAUCUACUGCACAGCUAUCACUCCAGUGUUUAAUUGCUAAAUUGAAAUUACUUUGCCACUAUGGCCUAUUUAUUGCUUACCUCCCUAAUCUUACCUCAUUUGCACACACUGUAUAUAGAUUUUUUCUCCUAUUGUGUUAUUGACUGUACGUUUGUUUAUUCCAUGUGCGACUCUGUUGUUUGUGUCGCACUGCUUUGCUUUAUCUUGGCCAGGUCGCAAUUGUAAAUGAGAACUUGUUCUCACCUGGCCUACCUGGUUGAAUAAAGGUGGAGAGAAAAAAGAGAAGAGAAAAUGUCCAUAUAGUCUGUUGAGGGAGACGUUACAGAAGGUGGGAAAGUAUCUUUGGAUGUGAUGCAGAGACGAUUAAGUGAAUUAAUAAUGUUUUUGGUGACACAGCUUUGAAAUCAGCAUAUUUUGCAUAAUGAUUUGCAUUAUAUCACAAACAAAGUGCUAGGGUUGUGAAUUGUUUGAUGUUAGCUUCAGCUGUAAGCUAGCAACGAAAGUUAACCUACAAUUACAACUGGAAGCUACCGGUAUCAUCUUGCAUUGUAUUAGGAUUCUAGCCUGUAUGGACAUUGUUUUGUGAACAGUUUCAACAUUUCUACAUGCCGUGUUGCAUUAUUCAAGUGUGGUAACUUCUGUGCAGCAUAAGUGGGGAACUGGCAAUGAGUAAAUGGAGCAGGUAAGAGGCAUGAACGGUGCGCUCACUGCAGAAGGGGACAUCGGCUGCGCUGAUAGACUUCAUCCUCUCAAUCAUUAUACGAUGUGAGACUCAUUUGACAGAAGUACAGAAAGUAACAAAUUCUAGUACCGAACCGUUUUUCCAUGUUCUAGUAUCAAAGUUUCAGUAUACUGUGCAACACUACAGAGGUACAACCAAAGAGGGUGACCAACCAAUGAGCAUUCUCAUUGGUUGAGCAUUCUGUUCGAAUUGGGUAAGCUACUCAAUAUGUCAUUCAAUAGCAGUCAAUCCCUCCUAUCAAUAUCUAGUGGCAGGUGAAUUGACACUGCACUGUUUGCUUAUCAUGAAAGUAAUGCAAUAGUUUUUGGUCCAGACCAGCAGACUCCUCUGUUUAUGUUCCUUUCAGGAUGUCCAAAAUUGAGCGUCUGAAUGCCCGUGUGGCGAAGCUGCUGACGGUGGCAGUGCAUGAGGUUCUGGAGGUGGUGAAAGAGACUGUGUCAGAAUACCAGGAGAAAACAGCCAGAACUCAAAGAGAGAAUGAGAGUCUGAGGAGAAGACUGCAGGAAAUGCAGGACAAGAUGAAGAGAGAGAACACUGCUGCUCAACUUGCAACAUUUCCUGCGACUGGUGGCCGUGGAAGAGCGGCCAUCGAGAAACCGUCAGAGCAGGGUUGGAGCCCUAGUCUGAGGCAGGACAGCCCAGAGCCCACAAAGGUAGAUGAGAAACCAGCGCUCACUUUCGAACAGACUGUGAGACUAAGGCAGGAGGAGGAGGAGUACAAUGCACUGGAGCUGGAUCAAACAGCACACUAUGAGACAGAGUGUAACUUUACCUUAACCUUACCCGGGCAUCACGAGGAGGUGGCACGGCAAUCAGAUGAAGCCGUCUCGGUCCACGUGCCCCAGGGUGUGAAAAAUGACUCGCACUCAGACUUGAAUAGCACUUCACAGGGAAACACCCAGCUUGGCAUCAAUCUGACUGUUAUCAAGACGGAACCCGAGCCCACCGAGUGCUCAGCACCUGAACCUUUGACAAUCCCGGAGACCUUUGAUUGUGUCGAUUUAAGCUGCAAUUCCACACGCUACGACCCAACAACGAAUGCUCACAAGUCUCAUGUGAGCACUGGACCAUAUAACGAACUUGUAUUCGUCCACUCGAGUCACAACAGCGUCGGGAGGAGGUUUGGGUUUGGGAAAAACAGCAGGGACGGGAGGAAACACCAUAGGCAACACUUCAGGAGGGAUGAGCCACACAGCUGCUUUGUGUGCGGCAAGACGUUCAGCCGGGUGGGGAACCUGCGUAUCCACCAGCGCUGUCACACGGGCGAGAAACCCUACUGCUGCCUUCAGUGCGGCCGGUGUUUCAGUCAGGCCGGGGACCUCAAAAAGCACAAAAGGGUCCACACAGGGGAGAAGCCAUACUAUUGUGGCCAGUGCGGCAAGAGCUUCAGCCGUGGGGAGAACCUAAAGAGGCAUCAGAAGAUCCACAUCGGAGAGACCUUACACCUGCAGCAGGCAUGGAGAGAUCAACAGUCAAACUAGGCGUUCAAAGCAAUCUUUUGAGAAAUAACUAUAUAAAUGCACAUGCAGUGCGUGGUACUGAAAUUAACAUGAGAUCUGCAGUGCUGAAAAAGUAGUGACUGGGUCAUACUCAUGGGUGGAUUGGCUGUAUUAUUCAGGUUAUCGAUUUAGUCAAUGGGUAACAUGUAUUUUGACCAUUAGUGGAUGGCAUACCUUUGAUCCACUGGAGUGUUCAUUAUUCAAUAGGCAAACCUCUUAUCACUGGCUUUUGAAUAAGAGAGUGCGGUGUAAGCAACAAAAUAAUGUUUUGUACACUGAAACAUUUAUCUCCUCUGUACACAUACAGGAAAGACUUGGAUGUUGUGUGACAAAUCGAGCAUUACAACAUUGUGUUCAUGAUGAUUAAAGAGAGAAGUGAGCAAACUGAG